CCGAAUGCUACUAAAUGCCGAAUAAGCAAAAUUCAAGGUAACAACGAGUUUCAUAUAUUCAAAAGCCUGAUUAUCUUAUUUAGUUUUAGAAGUUCGAAAUAAGCUAUUUCUAUUCUCAAAGAGAUUCUACAUAUGAUAAACUCCGAGUAAAUAAAAAUAUAAUGCUGCAACUGAUAUUUUAAUCGGGUUCGAGAUUCGAGAAUGAAAAUGAAAGUAAGGAAAUUCGGGAAUGCAGCUGAAAAGAGUGAGUCAAUAUCAGUAAAGUGAAAGUAAAAAUGAAGAAAACAUGGCGUAUGUGACAUACGUACUGGUAUUAUUUGGUUGCUGUGUCUGCUGCAGUUCACUACCAUUGCCAGCCUUUGUGUGUCCAGAUCAGUAUGAUGAUGAUGUCUGGUCUCACAGGGCCCUGGAAGUGUGCGGAGAAAAUUACAAGAAUUAUCACUGCUUAAUGAGAGCAAACAGUGCCUUUGACCCAAAGUAUAUAGAAUUUUGCAGGGAACCUGUACGGAUUCCUAAAGGGGAAUUUGUGAUUUACGAUAAUGAAACGGGUAUGAUAGAGCACAGAGCUUGUCCUGGGGAGAGAUUUCAACCAACAGAGAGGAAAUCCAGUGAUCCAAUGGCAUUUCAAUGUCAGAAGGAGAAGUCUUCUUGUGACUUGGAGGGAGAAAUCCGCUGUGAUGAUGGCACAUCGUAUCAAGACAGGACUUGUAGGUGUGACUACCAAAGUGGAUACACAUUAGAAGCUCUGGCAUACGAAAAUGCAAAGAAAAUAUCCUGUGUCUCCCCACUACAAGUUGAUCUGACGUGCAGUAGACUUGAUAUGUGUCAGAGUACCCAUGAGCUAGAUAAGUUUUACCAGUGCAAGGAGAAAUGUCCCCAUGGAUUCUACCGUCCAGAUGGGGAUGGCUGUCAUAAACUUCCCAGUGUCUUGUCUUCAACUCCAAGGCCAGUCACUUCUAUCACAAACAUUGUUGUUUCAACAAAUGAUGACUCUGCCAUUGAUGACAUAAACACCACACAACAUGGGGACAGUGGUACCAUUGUUGGUAUUAUAGUGACAAUUUUGGUGAUUGUGGUGUUAGUGGUAGCUGGUUUUAUCCCUUACUGCGUAUGUCCUAAUCAAGUCAAGAAAUUGUUGGAUAGAGUCUUGAGAAGAAACAAAGACAGUGACGAUAAUGAUCACCAGCAUGCGAGUAUUAUCUGCUUCCAAUUUUCCAAAAACAAGACGAUUGUGGAGAAUGCGGGGAACGUAGUGCCUGGUGAUAAUAACGUUAUUGUAGUGAAUGUAGAUAAGAAUGCAGAUGACGAGCUGGAAGGUGAAGAAGAGACUACAGGACUGCUAACCGGGACAGGGAGCAGUGCUGAAGCUCAACAAAAUGGAAACUCCAGCAGCAAGAAGUCCAGUGAGUGUAGCACUGUGGCAGACGUACAUGAACUCGACACAAUUGCUCAAACAGAAUCUGUAUUCAAGGAAAAUUCUGUAGUGGACAAAGAUGAGAGUCAGCCUGAUUGCAAUGAAUACAUGAAAGAUAUGAAAGAAGCGGCUCAGAAAAAAGGCUGGCGGGUGGAGGAUGUGCCUAAAGAUGGCAGCUGUUUCUACCACUGUAUUUUGAAACUAUGCGAGUUAAAUAAUGGUUGGGAUGUUGCCACACUCAGGAAAAAUCUCAAGAAAUACCUUGAAAGCAAUUCCAGUACUUACAAAGACUUUGUUACUGAGACGUGGGCGUCAUUCCUAAGUUGUAUUGAGGCCAACAAAUGGGCGGACCAUUUAGAAAUUAGUGCCAUGGCUGAAAUGUUGAAAGUCCCCAUCAUUAUCCACAAACUUAACAGUGACUCUGAUGAACUGGAGGUGAAGGAGGAAAUUCGUCCUAAAGACGUCCAUGUGGAGGAGAUCAAUAUUGGACACAUCCUUGUGAACAAGGAGGGCUUCCAUUUUGUUGCCUUGAUCCCUUUCAUGCCUGUGAUAAAGCUAAUUCCUUUUGUAGGAGUGAAAUUACACAUCUCAUACACUCUAGUAAUCAUCAGAAAAAUAUCCCACAAUGUGCCACGGCACAAUAACCAUUAUGCCUUACCGUAUACAUGUAUCAACCUUGCUAUGCAUUAUCCACAGGUUUUAUUCUUCGUCAUGCCAGUGAUUUUGUGUGCACCACUUCCAGCAUUCAUACCUGAAGAGACAAACAUUUCGAACACUUUCGCUUCUGUGCUGUCAUGUCCAAUCAAUGAGGGGGUCAGGGAACUAAAAGCCUUGGCUAAAUGUGGAAAUACAUCGAAGUAUCACUGUUUACAGACCGAAGAUGGGGCAUAUGUGGAAUUCUGCAAUAAGAGCUCAACAUGGAUUGAAAAGGGAACAUAUGCACUUUUUUCCAUUGACAAGAACAUGUUGGUGUUUAAACCAUGUCCCACGGGAACCUUUCAGCCCUACGGCCGCUGGAGUCACGAGUCAUCAUCUACUUGCGAUCAGAAAACGUCUGCAUGUAACGGAAUCGGAGAAGUCGUCUGCGACAACGGGAACAUGACGUCAGACAGACUUUGUAGAUGCGAUAACACAAACGAUUGGGCGAUAGAACAGUUUCUUCAAGAAAAUCCAUUAAACACCACUUGUGUUCUCCCAUCUCAAACAAACUUCGUGUGUGUAAAAAUAAAAAAAUGUCCAUCAGGACAAGAACUCGAUCCCGGGUACAACUGUAUCAAUAAAUGUCAAGAGGGGUUUUACCGACCCAGCGGCUCAUUUACUUGUCUACGCAGAGGACCUUUAGACGAUGCCACAUCUUCAAAUGUCAACCCCACCACAGCAAGGCCGAGGGAUUGGAACAACCCUAAAACUGUAUUACAUCCGUUCGUUGGGACCACAAAGUACCAGACCACCAUGGUCGUUCCUAUCGCUAUUGCAGUCGUGAUCUUUGUCUCGGCUUGCUCCAUACUGAUGGCCAAGUGCAAGAAAAACAGCAGCAAGGAGAAACAACUUCAGAAUUUAGCCAAUGAAAAGUUAUUGGAACGACGAGCUAGAAAGAGACACCGACGGAAAAUUGAGAAACGCAAACGUCGCCAGGAGAAAAAAGACAAGCUACAAGUUAAAGUGGACAAGGCAUUACAGAAAAUGGAACAACGACAAGAGAAGCGAAGACAGAGGAAACUCCUCCUGGAAGAAGAAAGAAGACAGGCAGAAAAAAUGGUGGACGCGGAGCAGGUCAUGGACGAAGACCAAAUUUCUAUUGAGAUGUGAACGUUCUCCGGGAAUCGAGUUCUAAUAAGGACUGUCUACCUCAACAAAAAUUUGAACUGUACUCGCGUCAUGGUAACCCAAACUUCGCGCGGGGAUUGUGAUGGCCGUCUCUCACCAAAUGAGACGUGCUGAGAGCUAGCGGUCUAUUCAAAUUGAAUUGCCGGAGGUACCAAGUGUAAUUUGCAUAGUCCCAAAUCAAAAGAAACUCCUCGUGUUAUCCAUUUAUAUGUCGUGUACAAAUUGGUAUGUUGUCCUCAUUAUAACUAUGCCGAAUAUAAAUUUAGCCUGUAUACGUCACAAUUUGUACGGAGUUUGGUCAAAUGUAAUGUUGUAACUUUUAUUUUUGUGUCAAACUAGUUAUAUCAUAUACGAAAUAUUGAAAAGUUACAAAUUACACAUAUGUACUAGUAAAAUUGAAGCUUGUACAUAUUUUCAUCUGGACGAAUUACAUUAAGUGUUAUCGCAAUUUUGAUUUCAAUUUGAUCGGCUUCACUGUGUCAGAUUGUAAAUUGUUAGUAUUCAGUGACUAGACCGUGUAAAAACUGUGAGCAGGCUCAGAUAAUCGUGAUCCAACCACCUUCCCUUUACUUUUUGAAUGACAUACAGGAAGAAAACAGUGGCGGUCACGGCACAUGAAUCAUGUCCCUCUGUAUUCAAAAUAACUCUUUUUGAAGAGAAGUUUACACGGAAAUGAAAGUAGUUUCAGUAUAUCUAGAACAAGACGGGGUAAGACAAGAAAGAAACAUCCCACAUUUGCCAACAAUUGUUAAUGUUUUGUUAAUACAAAAGAUUACAUGUAUAUUGAUUAUGGCUGUUUGCCAACAUAAAUGAAGUUGCGCUUUUGUUUCAAAAUUAAGUACAUUUUGUGCAAGAAUCCCGAUGUAAAUAACAUAGAGCCGGGAUUUAUGACAUAAACCUCAUCUUAUGCCAUUGCAUAUAUUUUCGUCAUUCUGACAUAUAAAAAAUCUACUUUCCAUCCAGCUUUUCUGAGAUAAGGUACAACUAAGUACAGCCCUGAAAAAAAAAAACCCCAUUAUAUUUCGAUUAUAGGGUUACGCCACAGAAAAAAAUUUGUAUGUCCAAAGCUGUGUUAUGUUUUUUGAAAGAAAAACGUCCACAAAAACUAGCAUUUUAACUAAAUUUGAGAAAUUGUGUCAUCAAAGAUACAAGUUAACUCAAACUGACAGUUAUUAUAUUGGAAACAAUACAUGGAACUGUUUUGGACAUAGUCUCUUCUUAUGAAAGAUAAUUUAGCCUUUCUUUAUAGCUUUAAAAUUCCGAGAUAAUCCUUUUAUCAUACACAUUCGUUGGUCCUCGAACAGGUCCAAUCAGAUAAUGGUGUUUCCAGCAAGGCCAUGAGCAUCAUUAACUCCUUAGUCAAAAAUAUUCUUGAGAAAAUCGCUGCCAAAGCCCCUCAUCUUAUUCAUUACAACAAGUGAUAGAGAACCAGACCACUGUCCAUCUGGCUAAGCACAUGCAGUGUCCAAGGAAUAAAGGCCAUCUCCAAGUACACCAGCUGCAAAUUAACUGCAAACACUACCUGACCAGAGCAAAACCAUGUUCUAUAUGAUGUAUCUUGUAUAUGUAAACCGUUUUGUCUUCGAUUUGUAAUGGAUUAUUCCAGUGAUAGAACAUACCUCCUCUUCUGUACGGAAGCCGGUAGGUGCCUGGGUUCAUUUAACUGGCGGUCGCCAUAUGAAUAACUGGUGGCACCACUUAAUCUAACUAGCGGUCUCCACUUCAUCUGGCGACCGCCAGUUAUUCAACUGUUCUCUCUGUUCCAAAACGAAAGGGGUGUAACCCCCGUACAUGCAUGUGUUAUACAAAUAUUAGAGCAUUAUUGUUUGUCGUUUGUGCCGUUAAUUUACAAAGUCAUGUAAAUGUUCAUGACCUCAAAUGUCGACAGAUUCGCGCACGAGAAAGCUUAAUGGGUACUCGAUAUACCAAUGUAGAACCAGGGGGCUGCGCCUCAACUUUAUUGACAAUGCUCAUUUUCUGUUAUUUUCACAUGCAAAAUAGGAUAUAUUGGCCCCCACUCCACUCUUUUGGUGGUAGUAAUGAAUGGUAAAAAUGAUUAAUAAUGAAUGAACUGAUGAAUUGAAGGACGAAUGGGGCCCCCUCCCUCCAAUUUAGGAGUUUGGCCAAACGGGAACUUUUUAGGUUUCUCUUUUCUGCUUGUCAACAUUUCUCUUCUGACUGUACCAACAGUCCGAAAAACGAUGUUUUGUGUCUGCGUACUAUUCUAAAUUGUUCAACAGUAUGAAGUAAAUUGUUUUUGAAAUUGGCAGCCGCCAUGUAUAAAUUAAGUGGCGGCUACCACUUCAUUUAUAUGGCGGCCACCACAUAAAUUAAGCGGUGACCGCCAGUUAAAUGAAAAUUAAUUCUAUACCCUGGCACCUACUGGCUUCCGUAGUCUUACGAAUAGUGUUGUCCCCCUCCCUCCCAUUGAAUUUAAAUGAUACAUGUAUAUGUCGUAAAUGUUACUGAUAAGAAAGACUAUCCUAAAUCCGUCUACUACAUGUACAUAUAUAUAAGCAAACACCAAGUUCCAACAACACCCGGUACCUAGAAGUAUACACACACACAUAUAUAAACACAUUAAAUUGAUAUUCGACAUGAUAAUGAUUUAAAAUUCAAAAAGUACUUUCAAUUUGAUUGGACAUUUAAUGAUGUUGAUUUAAAAAUCAGAAAUCGUUUUUGAGGCAAAGAUAUUUUAAUGGCAAAUCCCCCCCCCCCCCAAUCAUGUGUACACAGCAGUUGUGUAUAGGCAGCUCCGCGCCUGUCAUCCCACUGACAAUACACUGAGUUUAUUCAAUUGUGACUACUGCUAGCAGUGUAAAUAUCAGUGUAACAAAACAUCGACAAUAUCAUUCCAUUCGAACAUUUAUUAAUAGAAUCAGAAUGUUACAAAGUUGUAGCUGGGUCCUCUGAAGAUUUAACCCCUUCAUUCUUCAUAGCAUCGGAGGAUUUCUGCUGCAAGAUAUAAAUGUGCACAUGUUUCUAAAUUUUGAUUUCUAAUAAAUUUACAUUGAAUCAAAUAAAUCAUUUACAUUAUUUGCUUCGAAUUUUGAACUUUUCAGAUUCUAUUACCAUUUCAAAGACUGAAUUGAGAAAGAACGGUACAUAGCUACCUUAUCAAAACUUAAUUUUUCUGCUUGUAUCAGUAUAUGUUAAUUUUGUCUUAUUACAUAUGUGUACAAAAGUCUGAAAUUUGUGAAUUUUACAAUGGUCUACAACUCAUAUUAAUGCUUCUUGUUGUUAAUAUAAUUAUAAAUAAAUAUAUUGAAUAUUCAAAUCGAAGUAAAUCUCAUUAAAUUUUGAG